CAGGGUAUACACUAUCUGAAAUAAGCUCAGGCUGCAAAUUUAGAUCACCUCAAAAUGGCAAGGCUAAGUACGUGCAUUUGUGCAUAACGCUAGAUUGAUUGACUCCCCGUACUUGCAACCAAGGUUACUUCGCAAAUAGAGUUAGCAUAGCACUUAUCCCACGGAUUUGUCAAAGCAGGCCACGAAUCACAGAUAGAUUUACACUUGUGGCAAAUAUUUUGUCAUGAACACAAUCAGAUUGGAGUGGUUUGCUAAAAGUAACAAAACCAUGUCUGCAUUUCAUUGUUGGCAUCUGACCCUGUUGGUAUUUCUCAUCGGGAUUUAUCUGUUCAGCAUCUAUUCGAUCUCUCCUCGCUCCACCGAAUAUCCACAUCUUUUACGUGUUCGCAAGAUCAUUUCCUCAUUGUCAUGUUCAAGCAAAACCAAUCAACGACGUCGAAGCAUUCUCCAAGGAUUUCUCGCUGAAGAAAGCAUCAUCGCGAGAAGUAUGGAUUGCGUAAAGUACUUCGAGAUCGUGGACAUCGUCAACCAGAGACUGGUCAGUGAAGCUCAAGAGCAGUAUCCCAUUGCCAUGUCUCAUAGUGUUCAUGACCAGAUCGGCAUUCUGGAAAUGUUCCUGGCCUUGAUGUUCCGCCCUCAAGAUCUGCACUGCAUUCAUGUGGACCUCAAGGCCAGUGAAGAGGUGAUGGCGGCUAUUUCCGGGGUGGUCAAGUGCUACAAACAAAAAUACCCGGACAGUGAGAUUUUCAUACCCAAGUACCGGGUACCGGUGUUUUGGGGCUAUGAUUCUGUAUUGGAGGCCGAUAUGAUUUGCAUGCGAGAAUUGCUCAAAUCAGAGAAGCCGUGGAAAGUGUACAUAAAUCCAGCUGGAAGCGAAAUGCCCCUGGUCUCGAGUCGUGUCCUAAGGAGAGAGUUGAAAAGUUUGCAUAAUAGAAACUACAUUGAUUACGAGAUCUUCAACAAAACUGAUCGACAACAUAAAGUGUUUGUAACCAAUAGAUUUGGUCCCAAGGCUUUUGAUAUACGGAUGAAAAAAUUGCGCCAAUGUUGGAAACCACCCCCACCCUAUAACAUCACCGUUUUGAAGGCUCAAAAGAAUGUGGUAUUACAACGCUCCUUUGUGAACUUCUUGGUCUACCAUCCUGUGGCCAUCGAUUACUACAAUUGGUUAAGUGACUCAUUUAUACCUGACGAGCAUUUCUAUUCAACCAUGGCGUCGAUAACAGUUGAAAGGAAGGACAAUAACACUUACAUUGUGGAACAGAUUAUGCCUACCAUUCCGAAUGAAGAUGCGUUUUGCUUUCGAAAAAGCUUGUGGAACUAUCCCAACUGCUCUGGUCAAAACAUUCACUGGAUAUGCAAAUUGGGAGUCAUGGAUUUGCCCAUAAUUCAACAAAGCAAUUGCCUCAUGGCGAAUAAGUUCAACGUCAAUUCAGAUCCAAUUGCCAUUUUUUGUCAAAUGAGAGCAAUAUUAUGAAAGAAAAUCUCCAGUUUC